AUGGACGUUUUUCAAUCGCCUAUGCGCAUGAUCCCGCCCCUCACACCCCGUCGCGUCCCAUCACCAGCCAUGUCGCCCGCAGGCAGACGAGGCAGGACGUAUGGCAGCUCGGAAGAAAGCCGCCUCCGCGACCUGUCGCCCGAGACAACUCUCCGCGCCUUCACACAAAAGCCCAUGCCGUUCGACACAACACGCGACGAAUACAAAAUAUUUUCCUGCAUCGAGACCCUCACCGCUGCCGAGAGAGACUUGGGAUCGCGCGUCGCAAAGGCGGCGCAGCGGCUGAAGAUAUGGUGCGCCGAGAUUGAGCAAUGGGGAUGGUCGGGCAGCUUCGAAAAGCCCAGCGCCCAGGUCCGCGAACAGAGGAGGCGAAGCAUCGAGCUGCGUAUCAGGGAGCACGUCGCCGAUUCCGACAUGGCCAAUGUCAUGCCGCCAUUAGAAUACUGGGGUUCGAUGCUGUCAGUCGAGGUGGAGCAACACGAGGCGCGGCUAGACGACAUCGCCGACGAGAUGCUGAAGCUCGACGUCGAAGAGCUGAAGGAGCACGUGCUAGACAUGCAUCCGGCAGGCAGGUCGAGACCAUCGUCUGCUGGCUACGAGGCGAACCGCCAGCACUACAAGGUCAUGGACGACUUCUCCUUUCUCAUCACCCAAACCCUCCUAUCCGCUCUACCACACCACGCCCAGCUCAAAGCCCGCCUAAGCACAUGGACCGCUCGCGUUUCCAUCCUCCGCGAAGCCCCCCGUUACACCGGCGAACUCGACACUGCGCAAGAAGCUAUGCGGCUAGGCUGGGAUGCCAUCGAGGCGCCAUCGGACACUUCCGAUGCUGCAUUUGAGCAGUGGAAAAAGGCAGUGGAUACCAUAUCGCUUGUGCUUCACCAGAAGGUCAGCGACUUGGGGAGGCAACUAGACAAGAUGCUCGAUACACUCGAAGGACAGGAAGACAGUCUACCCGAGCACUGGAUAGACAUCUUUGAAACGACAGAGGCCGACUAUGGGCGCUGGAAACACGAAUCAAGAAGGAGAGUAAUCGAUCUCGAAGUUCGGAGACGGGCGGAAGCUGUGCAGUCCGCUACUACCUCCAGACUGGAUGCUCUCAAUGCUCGGAUCGACUCUGUCGCAUCUACGCUCCAUUCACCACCACCCAAGCUUGCUUCGCAAAAUAGCCGCCACAACGCCAUGCAGGACGACUACUUCAGUGCGCCCCAGCGUGGAAUCUUCUCUGGAGAUUAUGCCAUGAACGCAUCAAUCUCGGGGGAGACGGAUGUUACAGAACAUGAGCUGGCACAAGGUUUUGCGUCACCAUCGAAGUCCCCUACUGCUUUACAUCCUGUUGCAACUACACAUUCAGAGAAGAUGAGCUUCGAACCAGGACCGGCAUCUGUUGACGAGGACUCGGACUUCGAAGAAGGCGACACAGUUGUACAGUACGAACUCGAUGAAGGUCCCGAAGAAGUCGCUGUCCUUCCGGAGGCUGACGUCGACCAAUCAUCCAAAGCAUCUUUACAAGGCAGGCCCAAACCUCUGGCGCUUUUCGGCAAUCCUACUAUCACAAAGAAUGAUGGACAGGACAGCCCCGUCAUGGAGCCUCCUCAGACGCCGCGAUCAUGGAGGGGCAGCCUGGACUCGCUCUCCACAGACAUCUCCCCUGAUUCAAGCCCGCCUAGUACCGUCGAAGAGUCUCCUUCAGUCCGAAACGCCACUAACCGUUCUAUGAGAGCGCCGCGUCCUGAACUGAAUGCAGCCAUGGCGAAGCGUCGACCAGCCAAGACUACUACCACCGCCGAUGAUACAUCAAGCGCUCCAUGGCCACCGACACACUUUGCUCAGAAAGCUAAUAACAGCGCUGAAGAACUUGAGCGAAAGAUCUCUGACAUUUUGACGACCAUCCCCGCCCACAUCAGGCUUCGGUCUGGCCCAGGUCCCGAUGCACCCGAAGUCAAGUCCGCUCGUGGUCUUCUCGCGAAGAGUAGUCGUGGAUAUCUACGCGCAGCUCGCUCAGUCAGCGGCCUCAAGUCUCCUGAGCUCACCCUAUCCCCUGCAAAGAGACGGAGGUCAGCUGCAGCAGCAAGAGGCGACAAUGACAUCAAACUGUACCAUCUCACGCAACCUGGCAAGGAACAGCCCAUCAAGCUGUUCAUUCGCCGCGUUGGCGAGAAUGGCGAGCGUGUCAUGGUGCGUGUCGGCGGUGGUUGGUCUGACCUAGGCGAGUACCUGCGCCAGUACGCCGAGCACCACGGCCGCAGGACAGCAAGCGAAGGCAAAUUUGAAGUAUUGGGUCUGGAGGUGAAGAACCCCGAUAGUUCGCCGACGAGGCCAGACAGCAGGGCGAGUAAGAUGGAGAGACGCAUCAGCGUCGGCUUCCCCUUGGCCAGCCCAUCCACCACACCCGUCAAGUCAUCCGGUCUAGCUUUUACUAGCGACGAAGCACCGCCGCCGAUGCCGAGCUUUAUUCCCGGAACACCAGGCGCCACUACUGAAGACCCGACUAUACCUUCAACAACUUCGUCUCGCAGUUCUUGGCAGGGCAGGGAAGUCGGAAUGGCGGGCCCGUCGGCCAAGAAAUUAGAUCUCAGUGGCGAGAAGCUGGAAUGGAUUGAGGGCAUGAUGAAGCAGGCUCGCACUGUGAGCAGCAACGUCAUCACUUCAAGCCAUCCAACUUUCGAGCGCACUGACAGCAGAAGCGACAGUCGCCCUGGCAGUGCUGUAGGAGGAGGAAAGAAGACAGAAUUUGGUGAUUUAGGCAAGGUUGGUGCAACCAAGCGUGUCUUUAUGAAGGGUGGUAAGCCCGGUUCGGGCGAUCACUAG